AUGGAGCAUUCCCUCACUUGCAACAACCUCAAGUGCCGAAAGGAGCUUGGGGACCGCGCGUUGGUGACGACUUGCAGCCAUAUCUUCUGCCUCGACUGCGUCCAUGAUCUCGGUAUCGCGAAGCAGGAUGGGCCACGAGGCACGGCGUGCCCGGCGUGCAAUGCGCAGCUUUCCAAACCCGAUGACGCAGUCAUCGCUAACCUCAACCCGAGCGAAGACUAUAAGACGAGUGUGCUCAGCGGUCUGAGCCCGAACGUUGUCAUGGAAUGCGCUGGGCGUGCUCUGAGUUUCUGGGCGUACCAGACAACGCAAGAGAUUUACUAUCAGCAAUAUCUGUACAAGACAUUGACAGAGAAAUACAGUAGCCUCAAUCUAAGACUCGAACAGACAGUUGGCGACGCCAAUGCGGAAAUUGAGCGCUUGCAAAACAAGGUCAAUGCUUGUGAGGCCGAGAGUGAGAUCAUGCGCCGAAAGCACGAAGAGCUGGCGCACGCAUACAAGGACAAGAGUCGAAAGUUGCUGCAGACGCAAGAGCUUUACGACCGUGUCAAGAGAAGGGUAGAAAUGGGCCAGAUUGAGCGAGCGGCCUCCGAUGCUGUAGAUUCAUCGCUCAAUGCCCCACCGCGAGAGAGUGCACACCGCCAACGCCACGGUCCGGCACCAGAGCUUGACGUUGCCGCGCCUGAUAGUUACGACAACAGAAUUGAUAUGUGCAGUUUCGGCCGUGGUGUUCCCGCUGCUACAUCUCAGGCCACAGCCGACAGCACCGGCUGGCCUGGCGCCGGAAUCCCGCUGCAGCCCCGGUAUGGUGUCAUCCUCGAUGCUGGUUCCUCGGGAACCCGCAUCUACGUGUACAAGUGGAAGCACCCCGCCGCCGCCGCCAAACAUGCCUCGACGAGCGAACUGCGCAGCUUACCAAAGCUGAAACUGAAGAAGAGCAAGAAGAUACAUCCCGGCGUGUCCACGUUUGCCCAAGAUGUCGCCUCUGUGGGCCCGGACCAUCUCCAAUCGCUCAUCGACGUAGCCCUCAAAGAGGUGCCCGCCGCAAUGGUCCCCGAGACCCCCGUCUUUCUUAUGGCUACCGCAGGCGUCCGAUUUCUUCCCAAGCAUCAACAGAGCGGCCUCCUGCAGGGCAUCUGUACCUACUUCCGCGAGAACACGAGCUUCGACCUUCCCGACUGCAACUCCCACAUCCAGGUUAUCUCCGGCGAGACGGAAGGGCUGUACGGCUGGCUCGCUGCCAACUACCUCCUGGGCGGCUUUGACCAUCCCGAGGAGCAUGCUCACGGCAAAGGACAUCACACGUAUGGCUUCUUGGACAUGGGGGGUGCAUCCGCUCAGAUCGCCUUUGCCCCAAAUGCCACCGAGGCGGCCCGGCAUGCGAACGACCUCAAGCUCGUUCGUAUGCGCCGCGUCGACGGCUCGCCGGUAGAGCAUCGUGUUUUCACGACCACUUGGCUUGGCUUCGGUGCCAAUAAGGCUCGCGCCCGAUACAUCGACAGCCUGAAGGAAAACUACGCCGACGGCGCCCUCGAGAUACCCGAUCCCUGCAUGCCACGGGGCCUGCGCACGACACUUGAUGGCAAGUCCCUGGCAGGCAACACACCAAGCAAGCCUGUCCUUGUUGGCACCGGCGCCUUUGACGAAUGUCUACGGAAAACACAUCCCCUGCUGCGCAAGGACGCCCCGUGCGACGAUCACCCCUGCCUGCUCAACGGGCAGCAUGUACCCGCCAUCGACUUUGACGUGAACCACUUCAUUGGCGUGUCUGAGUAUUGGCAUACAACACAUGGCGUCUUCGGCAAGGAAAACAAGGCUUACGAUCUUUCUACCUACCAGCACGGCGUUAUGGAGUAUUGCAGCCGCGACUGGACAUCCAUUGAGAGCGAGUUCGACAAGCGAAAGAAAACCCCCGAGCAAAAGACGCAAGACGCCAGGGAGGCGUGCUUCAAGGCCUCGUGGCUGAUCAACGUCCUCCACGAAGGUAUAGGCAUCCCGCGGCUAAGCCUGGAAGGCGUUCCGAGCCCCGGAAUCAACACCACCAAGGACGCUGCGGAGAAGGCAAAGGCGAAGGGGUUCCUCAGCCCGUUUCAACCCGUGGACAAGAUCGACGGCAUUGAAGUGAGCUGGACGCUCGGGAAGAUGGUCCUGUACGCAGCCGGACAGAUUCCCGACAAGACGGCGGCUUCGCUGCCGGUAGGCUUCGGAAGCAACGUAGAGUCAGGUACCCCCGCUGACUUCGAGCACGCCGGAUCAGCACCACUCCGGCCUAUCGCGAGCUCGGACGAAGAUGACGACGAUCUGAUAAUAGCGCCCAGCAAGUCCACUUUCAGCCUCGUGGGGCUGCUUAUUAUCAUCCUGCUGAUUGCAGCUUACAUCCUCCGCAAGCCAGACACAAGACGACGGCUGUUGAGCAUUGUUCGGCGGAGGCGCCGAUCCGGCUCAGGGCGAAAACCCACCCGGGGUGCGCCUUCUUUGGCCAGCAAGUUGUUUGGACGUAACGCAGUGGCGUAUGAACGAGUAAUGGAAGAGGGGGACGCUGCCGAGUUCGAACUUGGAGACGUCGAUUCUGAUGACCACGACUACUCGGACAGCAGCGAAGGCUCACGGACGGGCAAGAGCCAUGGCAUCACUACACCUCGUCUCAACAUUGAGCGAUUCGAGGCUCAGCCAGCAUCUGUGAUGGACAGGAAUGGCUUGGUACUUCGCACCGAGAGCCGCGAGAGACUAGCGCCGUCGCUCCAGAUGCUCAACGCCGGGCGGCGGAGCAGAGCGGGCAGCCCAACGAGACUGAAGAGCCCUCUCACCACGCCAGCGGAAGAUUAG